GUAGUACCGCCGGGGUACCGUGGUUGCACCUAUUAAUAAAACAAAAAUGGCUGAUCAGUUAGAAAAUACUAAUCCAAAAUUGUACAAAAAGGUUCACGAAAGGGAAAUCACAGCUGAGGACGAAGACGAGGAUGUUGUCGAUGAGUUUGACUCACGAGAAAUAUUCGAUCUUAUUCGCAAUAUCAACGAUCCGGAACACCCUCUAACUCUGGAGGAAUUGAACGUUGUUGAACAAAGCCUCAUUGAGGUCGAUAAUAAGCGCAAUAAAGUCCAUGUUAAAUUCACGCCUACGAUACCUCACUGCAGCAUGGCAACGCUGAUCGGUCUCUCUAUUAGAGUUCAGCUUCUGCGUGCUCUGCCGUCAAGGUUUAAAGUGAAUGUUGAAAUAACGCCAGGAACACACGCCUCUGAAACGGCGGUAAACAAGCAGCUUGCCGAUAAGGAAAGAGUCGCAGCUGCACUGGAAAAUAAUCACCUUAUUGAAGUAAUCAACCAAUGCAUUGCUGUGAAAAUGUAAAAGUUCCACAUCCACUAGAUAUAAGAAUAAUUCACUCCCAAUAGUGAGUAAUGUACAUGGUUUUGUAUAUAAUAUGUAAUACUAGAGUAAAAUUUUGAUGUAAAAAUUCAAUUGUAAUUCGUAUGAAUGAUUGAUGGAGUAAAUGAAUGACAAGUUAUGCCUAAA